CUCAAACUCAACCUCCCUACGCCAACCUUCCCUUCCUCUCUAAUCUCUCCGACUCUGAAAACUGGUUUCCAAUUCGGAAAAGCCGCGAUUUCUUAAAAUCCAAUUCUGCCAUGAAUUAGGAUCAAGUACAACCAAGCCGAACCUAACCCAGAAUCCCAAUUUUGAAAAAAAAAAAAAAAAAUGGCAGAAAACGCAUCGUCUUCUCCAAAACCCCUCCAACCAUCCGCAAACCCCAGCAUAGACCCAACAACAACAGCACCACCACCAGCACAAACAAUAGCAACAACGGCCAGUGCCACCAAUACAAUGAUUCCUAAAAACCCAUCGAACCCAUCAAUUUCUUCCACGAACCCGCCUGUACCUUCUCCUCCAACCCUCUCUCAAUCUCCUCAAAUCUCUUCCCCUCCUCUCCCUCCUCUUUCCAACAUCUCUCUUUCUCAAUCUCAACAAUUGCAGCAGCAGCAGCAACAACAACAACAACAGCUGCAACAGCAGCAACAACUUGCCUCGAGCGUUGGAUUAGAUUACUCUUCAAAACCCCACCAACAGCAACAACAGCUGCAGCAGCAACAAUCUCAGCCGUUGGUCCAGCAAAACACCCAGAAUGUCAAUCCCAUGGCAAGUUACCAGCUCCAACAAAGCUUGCAGCGGUCUCCGUCGAUGUCUCGGAUGAACCAAAUUCAACAACAGCAGCAGAAUCAGCAACAGCAACAGCAGCAGCAGCAGCAGCAAUUUGGUGUCAUGAGGCAGCAAGCUGGGAUGUAUGGACAGGUGAAUUUUGGUGGGUCCAAUGCAAUUCAGCAGCAAAAUCAACAGCAACAGCAGAAUCAGCAGCAGCAGCAGCAGCAAAUCGGGGCCGGGAAUUUGUCGAGGUCGGCUUUGAUGGGGCAAAGUGGACCCUUGCCCAUGUUGUCAGGUGCGGCUGCUGCGGCUGCUGCUCAAUUCAAUUUGCAGAACCAACUGUUAGCCUCGCCUAGGCAAAAAGCAGGAUUAGUACAAGGGUCACAGUUCCAUCCAGGUAAUUCUCCUGGGCAAGCUUUACAAGGAAUGCAAGCAAUGGGGAUGAUGGGGUCUAUGAAUUUGAACUCACAACUAAGAGCUAAUGGGGCUCUUCUUGCCUCUUAUGCUCAACAGCGAUCAAAUCAGGGCCCAAUAAGGCAGCAAUUGUCACAGCAAAGCCAACUUACAUCUCAGCAGGUUCAAAACUUACCAAGGUCAUCAUCACUGGCAUUUAUGAACCCACUAUCUGGGUUAGCUCAGAACGGACAGCAAGCUAUAAUGCCGAACUCUUUGUCACAGCAACAGUGGUUGAAGCAAAUGCCACCAAUAUCUGGACCUGGCUCACCUUCAUUACGUCUUCAGCAUCAGAGGCAACAGGUUCUCUUGCAGCAGCAGCAGCAGUUCGCCUCAUCCAAUCAGUUGCACCAAAGUUCUAUGGCACUAAGCCCUCAACAGUUAUCGCAGCUUGUACAGCAGCAACCAAUGGGGCAUCCACAGCUGCAUCAGCAGCAACAACAACAGCAGCAACAACAGCAGCAGCAGCAGCAACAACAGCAGCAGCAGCAGCAAAUGCAGCAACCAACACAACAACAAUCACAGCAACAACCUUCCUUGCAUCAGCAGCAGCAUUCCCCAAGGAUUCCUGGACCCUCAGGCCAGAAAUCUCUUAGCUUAACAGGAUCACAGCCAGAUGCUACUGCAUCUGGCACAACUACACCAGGGGGGAGUUCAAGCCAAGGAACAGAAGCAACCAAUCAACUUCUUGGGAAAAGGAAGAUACAGGAUCUAGUUUCACAGGUGGAUUCACAGGGAAAGCUGGAUCCUGAAGUUGAAGACCUUCUUUUGGAGAUUGCUGAUGACUUCAUUGAUUCUGUGACAACAUUUGCAUGCAGUUUAGCAAAGCAUCGAAAAUCUUCAACUUUAGAGUCGAAGGAUUUAUUACUACACCUAGAAAAAAAUUGGCAUUUGACAGUUCCAGGAUUUUCAAGUGAAGAGCGGAAGCACCAAAAUAAACAUUUGUCAAGUGAUCUCCAUAAGAAGCGUUUGGAUCUGAUACGAACACUGAGGGAAUCCUCACACUCAGAAACAAAUACAAAUAAUCCCAAAGAAAUGAUUAGACAAGGACUUGGGAACCCAGUUGGUACGAACCACCUAAUAAGACCUUCGUUGAGUUCGGAGCAGUUGGUUUCACAAUCAAAUAGUUCUCAAAUGCUGCAGCAAAUGACACGGUUUUAAUCUAUACAAAUAAUCAUAUUUUAUUUAUUCUCUCCAUGCUGAUGAGUGCAUCUGCCUGGACCUUGUUGGUUGUGUUAGCAAUAGCAUAUCUAUAUCUUGGAUUUGAUGAAAGCAGAAGCUGUAAUUACUUUAGUAUUUAAGACAUGAGAAUUAAGUGGAUAUAGCAAACAUCAGUUUACCAUCUACUAUAUUCAAAUCAUUUUUCUUUGAAUUUCUAUGAUCAUUUUUAUUAAGCUAAACGGUGGAGGUCAUCUCAUCAAAAGCUCAAAUUAUUUAACCGCAUGCUGAAAUUCUUAUGGGAUGGACUCUGAUGAUGAUGAUGAUGUAGUCUAAUCUAUUAUAUAUAGGCAUGGUGUUAACUCAUGUUCUGGACCUGAAUCUUCUAUGCAUCUUUAUCCACAAACAGUUGGGGGAAGGCUUUUGUAUAGUAAUUAACUAAUCCUUGGGGUGUAUUUAUAUUGAUUUGUUAUUUUUACAAAUGCAUGGAUUGGGGCCUCAUUAUGGUUCUCAGUUUACUCUU